AUGACAUCGUCGCUCCCUCCUUUAAACCCCCUUCUGCAAGUAUGCGGGAAACGGACACGAGACAUCUUCGCGUCUGGGUUGGAAGAGCCCGGCAAAGAUGAGGAGAAGAGCGCGAAGCUCCGUCUCUCCGUGAAAAUCAACGACGAGUUCCGGGAAGUCAGGCAGCUCCCCCCUGCACUCCUUGCACAACAAGGCGGCGUUGGGCCCGCGCGACCAAAGGAGACCAGGAAGAUGAUCACGGCAGGGCCGAGCUCCGACACCGGUCGCAUGAUCGCCCAAAUCGACAACACGCCCGCCCCCCAACCUUCCACUUUCGCCUCCUCGAGCUCGCUUUCGAAGGCGCUGCAACUGCACAAAACGACGCGUACAGUGAAGCCCACGUAUCAUCCCCCGUGGAAGCUCGUCCGCGUCAUCUCGGGGCACCUGGGGUGGGUGCGAAGCGUCGCGGUCGAGCCGGGAAACAAGUGGUUCGCAACGGGAGCGGGAGACCGGGUCAUCAAGAUCUGGGACCUGGCGUCGGGUGAGCUCAAGCUGUCGUUGACGGGGCACAUCUCGACCGUGCGCGGGUUGGCGGUCUCGUCAAGACACCCGUACUUGUUCUCGUGCGGUGAAGACAAGAUGGUGAAGUGCUGGGACCUCGAGGCGAACAAGGUCAUCCGGCACUACCACGGCCACUUGUCAGGGGUGUACGCUCUUGCCCUCCACCCUACCCUCGACAUCCUCGUCACAUCGGGCCGCGACGCGUCAGCGCGCGUGUGGGACAUGCGAACAAAAGCGCAAAUCCAUGUGUUGGCGGGGCACACGGGCACAGUUGGAACGGUCGCAUGCCAGGAGUCGGACCCUCAAAUCAUCACGGGCAGUAUGGACUCGACAGUCCGUCUUUGGGACCUCGCCGCGGGAAAGACGAUGGUCACCCUGACGCACCACAAAAAGUCGGUCCGUGCGCUCGCCGUGCACCCGACCGAGUACACUUUCGCGUCCGCGUCGGCGGGGGGCAACAACAUUAAGAAGUGGAAGUGCCCCGAGGGCGCUUUCGUCUUCAACUUCGCCGGCCACAACGCGAUCAUCAACACCCUCUCCGUCAAUUCCGAGGGCGUCUUCUUUUCCGGGGGCGAUAACGGCUCGCUCAACUUCUGGGACUGGGACACUGGCACCGCGUUUCAGAACAUGGACGACGUGCCCCAGCCGGGCUCGCUCGAGGCCGAGGCGGGUGCGUUCUGUUCGACGUUCGACGUCACGGGCACACGCUUGAUUACCGGCGGGGCGGAUAAGACGAUCAAGGUGCGUUUCGCUUGCUUGUGUGCUGCUAGGGAACUAGACUGA